GGAGUUUAUGAGUGGAAAAAAGUUUUGAUGUAUUCAUGACUCGUGUGACACGUGCUAUGAAUACCAGUGCCUGUGAUUGGCUGUAGUGUUGGCCCACAGUUCACAUCCAAAUCGUUUAAGGCUUGCGUUUAUCGUUCAUUGCAUUCAUUCAGUCGUUAGACUAGACAUACCUCACGACAUAUCACUCACGAGUAUUAGGUGUCCCCCGAUACAUAUCACCUCUUGUUUGCUCCCAACAAAUCAGUGCUCAACAAUGCGUGAAAUAGUGCACAUCCAGGCCGGACAGUGCGGCAAUCAGAUCGGCGCUAAGUUCUGGGAAGUGAUUAGCGACGAGCACGGCAUCGACCCCACGGGUCACAGUGUGGGCGCCACUGACCUCCAGUUGGAGCGCAUUAACGUCUACUACAACGAGACGUCCGGUAACUCCUACGUGCCGCGGGCUAUACUCUUGGACUUAGAGCCGGGAACUAUGGAUGCGUCUAUUGCAUAA